ACUAAAACAAGAUGGCGGAGCGCAGCAGCUGUAGCGGCCCUACAAUAAGAAAGUCCGGUUAAAACUUCUCCGUACUAUAUUUACUUUACAUUUUCCUUCAGAACGGAACACAUGAGGACUCCCAGCCGCCUGUGACGGCCCGUUCCCGGCUGGCUGUGCUUUCCCGCAGUCUGAAGACACGGUCCGCGGAGGGUCAGACGUUUGUAGUCCAAGAUGGCAGCAGCGUCGUACGACCAGCUGUUGAGGCAGGUGGAGGUGCUAAAGAUGGAGAACUCCAACCUGAGACAGGAGCUGCAGGACAACUCCAACCACCUGACCAAGCUGGAGACCGAGGCCUGCAACAUGAAGGAAGUGCUGAAGCAGCUGCAGGGCACCAUAGAAGAAGAGUCUGGGGAGAUGUCUGGCUCUCAGCUGGAGCUGAUAGAAAGACUGAAAGGGAUCAGCCUGGACCCAGCCGCCUUCAAGCCCAAGACCAGGCUUCCUCCUCCCCCCUCCUCCAGCUCGGCCUCCUCUUCCUCAGGAGCUCCUUCAGGAGUAGCUGGAGGCUCUGGAGCUUCGGGCCCUCCCUCAUCCACUGCCUUCCCCAGGAAAGGGCUGCAGUCUGCGGGCAGAGACAGCCACGAGCGCUGCCUGGAGGAGCUGGAGAAUGAGAGAUCUCUUCUGUUGGCUGAGCUGGAGAAGGAGGAGAAGGAGAAAGACUGGUACUACGCUCAGCUGCAGAACCUCACCAAGAGGAUCGACAGUCUUCCACUCACAGAAAAAUUCACUCUGCAGACAGAUAUGAGUCGCCGUCAGCUGGAGUACGAGGCUCGUCAGAUCCGAUCAGCGAUGGAGGAACAGCUGGGCUCCUGUCAGGAAAUGGAGAGGAGGGCUCAGACUCGUGUGUCCCGAAUUCAGCAGAUAGAGAAGGACAUCUUAAGGCUGGGAGCUCGACUUCAGGCGGAGGGUGGUCAGAGUGCAGGUGAGAGCGGUGGAUUGGCUGGUGCUCAGAGUUCUGUCAGCCGAUUAGACCAGGAUCCGGCCAAUGAGACAAGCUACUCCGUGCCUCGACGAAUCACCAGCCACCUGGGGACAAAGGUGGAGAUGGUGUACAGCUUGCUAUCCAUGCUGGGAACCCACGAUAAAGACGACAUGUCUCGCACGCUGCUCGCCAUGUCCAGCUCCCAGGACUCCUGCAUUGCUAUGCGUCAGUCCGGCUGCCUGCCGCUGCUCAUUCAGCUGCUGCACGGCAACGACAAGGACUCCCUGUUGCUAGGUAACUCUCGUGGCAGUAAGGAAGCUCGAGCCAGAGCGGCAGCGGCGCUGCACAACAUCGUGCACAGUCAGCCAGACGACAAGAGGGGGCGGCGAGAGAUUAGAGUGCUCCACCUGCUGGAGCAGGUCCGCCAUUACUGUGAAGCAUGCUGGAGCUGGCAGGAAAACCACGAGAGGGGCGUCGAUCAGGAGGACAACCCUAUGCCGUCUCCUGUAGAGCAUCAGAUCUGUCCCGCCGUCUGCGUUCUCAUGAAACUGUCGUUUGAUGAAGAGCAUCGCCAUGCCAUGAACGAGCUAGGAGGUCUUCAAGCUGUGGCGGAGCUGCUGCAGGUGGACUGUGAGAUGUUUGGGCUGAGCAGCGAUCAUUACAGCGUCACUCUGAGGCGAUACGCUGGCAUGGCCCUCACCAACCUCACAUUUGGAGAUGUAGCCAAUAAGGCCACACUGUGCUCCAUGAAGGGCUGCAUGAGGGCGAUGGUUGCUCAGCUCAAGUCAGACAGUGAAGACUUGCAGCAGGUGAUAGCCAGUGUCUUGAGGAACCUCUCAUGGCGUGCUGAUGUCAACAGUAAGAAAACACUCCGGGAGGUCGGCAGUGUACGUGCGCUGAUGGGCUGCGCUCUGGAAGUCCAAAAGGAGUCCACUCUGAAGUCUGUGCUGAGCGCUCUCUGGAACCUGUCGGCUCACUGUACAGAGAACAAAGCAGACAUCUGUACCGUGGACGGAGCUUUGGCGUUUCUAGUAGGAACCCUGACACACCGCAGCCACACCAACACUCUUGCUAUCAUCGAGAGUGGCGGAGGAAUUCUCCGGAAUGUUUCCAGCCUUAUCGCCACCAACGAGGCACACAGGCAGAUUCUACGUGAGCAUGGCUGCCUGCCAACACUGCUGCAGCACCUGAAGUCUCACAGUUUAACCAUUGUGUCCAAUGCCUGUGGGACGCUCUGGAACCUGUCGGCCCGGGAUGCUAAAGAUCAGGAGACGCUGUGGGAACUGGGUGCUGUAGGCAUGCUGCGCAAUCUCAUCCACUCACGACACAAGAUGAUCGCCAUGGGCAGUGCUGCCGCUCUGCGUAAUCUGAUGGCUAACAGGCCAGCUCGCUACAAGGAUGCCAGCGUAGUGUCACCAGGUGCCGGGGCUCCGUCGCUUCAUGCUAGAAAACAAAAAGCUUUAUUUGAGGAGCUGGAUGCUCAGCAGCUAUCAGAGACAUUUGAUAACAUUGACAACCUGAGCCCCAAAGCGGCACACAGGAAAGGACGGGGCUGUAAUGGCGCUGGAGCAGGAGGAGGAAGUGCAACACGCUCCUAUACCAACACGCCAGUCUUGUCAAGUCCGAAGAGUGGAGAUGGAUCAAAGAGGAUGAGUGAGGAAGGGGCGUAUGCUCGGUCAAUGUUCCCGCCCAGUGUGCGUGCGUCCAGCGACAGCCUCAACAGUGUAACAAGCACUGAGGGCUAUGGCAACCGUGGCAAGACCAAGCCAUCAUCUGACACAUUCUACUCCUCUGAUGAGAGCGGAGCCAACAAGUGUUGUGUUUACAGGAAGUACCCUGCAGACCUGGCUCAUAAGAUUCGUAGUGCCAAUCAUAUGGCAGACGAUGAUGGCGCAGAGCUGGACACGCCCAUCAACUACAGCCUGAAGUACUCGGACGAGCAGCUGAACUCUGGGAGACAGAGUCCGAGUCACCGCAGCGACAUGGACAGUGAUGAUGGUCAGGAUGUCCGACUGCAAACAAACAAUGGUGCAGAAUCGGGACCGAAUGGUAGUCACAUGGCGUCUGUGCCACCUCCACACUAUGUUGUCACAGCACCACCAAACUACAGCAAUGACCCUACCCCUGAACAACCCAUUGACUACAGCCUAAAGUACAGUGCGGACACCACACGCAAACCACUGUUCAAGCAAGAAGAGACAGCUGUGCCCUCGCUGGCUCCUCCUCCUCCCUCAUCUAAGCUCCACCCCCUGGCUCCCUCACGCACAAUGACAAAAAGCAACCAAGAGUCGACACAGAUAUACUGUGUGGAGGACACGCCCAUCUGCUUUUCCAGGGGCAGCUCACUGUCCUCGUUGUCAUCAGAAGAUGAAGAGGAUGGCAUCGGGAGGAAGAGGAAAGGUGGCAGCAACAGCAGCAACAACUACCCGACACUUCCUGUCAGCGAGAAAGGCAGUCAAGAGCAACAACAACGACACCAACAGAAAGAGGCAGAGAGUCAGACAGCCGCUGUCCCCUCUACUCGAGGACGACGUGGCCAUCACCACCACCAUGGCCACUCCCAUCACCAUCACCACCACCACAAUGCAACAUCAUCAUCAGGCACAAGAACUCCUAAGAGUCCGCCGGAGCAGCCGUAUGCACAAGAAACACCAUUAAUGUUCAGUCGUUGCACAUCAGUCAGCUCGCUCGACAGCUUCUCUACCUCCUCCAUUGCGAGCUCUGUUCGCUCCAGCGAGCCCUGCAGUGGUGUGCCAAGUGGCGUGGUCAGCCCCAGCGACCUUCCUGACAGCCCAGGUCAGACAAUGCCUCCUAGCAGAGCCAAGACGCCACCGCUGCCGCCACCUGCUCAAGCAACCAAGAAAGAGCUCAAGGCCAGGGAGGAGGAGAGCAGUGCAGAUGUCAUGCUGCACUUUGCCACAGAAAGCACCCCACACGGUUUCUCCUGCGCUUCUAGUCUGAGUGCGCUCAGUCUGGAUGAGCCAUACAUCACAGCUGAGAUGAAGAUGAAGACAAAGGAUGAGGAGCAGGGUGGGAACAAGGAGACGAAGGAAGAGACCCCCAAACCAAUCCUAGAUGAGUCUGAUGAUGAUGACAACGAGAUCCUGGUGGCGUGCAUCACCAUGGCCAUGCCCAAGCCGUCCCAGAAACCAAAGAAACCGCAGCAGCCAGCUCCACGCAAAUCCAGCCAGCUCCCCGUUUACAAGCUCCUCCCACCACAAAGUAGAGCACAGCCACAUAAGGACAAUCCACCACCACCUGAGGAGGUGCCCAAAGUCUACUGUGUGGAAGGGACACCACUCAACUUUUCCACCGCCACCUCUCUAAGUGACCUCACCAUCGACUCCCCUCCUAAUGAGGAGGCUCCUUUGACUCUAGCUCCUGUGGCUUUGCCCACCUCUGCUUCAAGGAAGCGGGCAGGAUUUCCUGAAGGUGAAAAUGGGGAUGACAUCCUGGCUGAGUGCAUUAACGCCGCCAUGCCUAAAGCCAAACCCAAGAAGCCAAUCAGAGCAGCAGCAGCAAACAAUGAGCACCUUCUGGCCCCAUCUCUUCCUCCUGCCAUCUCUCCUCCAAUCCCACCUUCACUCUCCCAGCAGCUUCAGAAGAAGAAGCCAACAUCUCCUGUGAAGCCAAUGCCUCAGCGGGCACCAUACAAUGUUGCCAUGACAACAGCCGCUAAACCAAAACCAGGAUUUGCCUUUGAUUCGCCACGUCAUUACACACCCAUCGAGGGAACGCCAUGUUGCUUCUCACGUAAUGACUCACUGAGCUCCCUUGACUUUGAUGAAGAUGAAUGUGGAGAGAAGGAAGGUGAUGACAGGAAGAUUAAAGAAGAAGAAGGCAGAAAGACCAAACAGCAAACUGCUGCUGUCUUCCCUCGGACCAAAACUACAUCCAAACAGAUGGACUCAGACGAGAAGCAAAAAUUUGCCAUCGAAGACACACCUGUCUGUUUUUCAAGAAACCCUUCGUUGAGCUCACUGAGUGACAUUGACCAAGAGAACAACAACAAAGAGUUUGCACCGCCACCACCAGCAGAGGAGGAGGAAGUUGUUGGCAAAGCAACAGCAAAGUCUCCUCCCUCUCCUGCGGAGGUGAAGUUGAAGGCCCGCCCUCCUGCUGCCAGUGGCUAUGCCCCCAAAGCAUUCCAUGUGGAGGACACACCUGUUUGCUUCUCACGGAACUCCUCUCUCAGUUCACUCAGCAUUGACUCUGAGGAUGACCUUCUGCAGGAGUGCAUCAGCUCAGCUAUGCCCAAAAAGAAAAAGAAAAUUGCUACGCUGCCAGUCCCUGUCUCCAUCUCUGUGCCCCCUCCUGUCUCCAAAACUAAUGAGGGUAUUCUGGCUGAAGAGGAGCCGUCAGAGGCACCAAGAAGUCCCGCUUCCCCCGACUCAGAGUCAUUUGAUUGGAAGGCUAUUCAAGAAGGCGCCAAUUCAGUCGUCAGCAGUCUGAACGCUGCCGCUGCUGCCUCUUCAUCGUUGUCCCGCCAGCCAUCAUCAGACUCUGAUUCAGUCCUGUCUCUGAAAUCUGUUGGCUCGCCCUUCCACUUGCCCAGAGCCAUUAAGAAUGUAGAGGUUGAGGAGGAGGAGGAGGAUGGACAUCAAAUGAAGCGUGGUGCCAGGAUCUUGAAGCCUGGUGAGAGCAGCACACUGGAGGCCAAAAAGAAAGAAGAGGAAGAGGAGGAAGCAAAGGCACUGAGAGGUGGGAAAAAGGUGUACAGAAGUCUGAUCACAGGUAAGCCCCGAGCGGAGAUGGCAGCCAGGGGGCGGAGCAAACCUAGGGCUGCAGCUGUGGCCAAAUGUCCAGGAAGCAGUGAUGGUGCUGACAGAGUAGGUGGAUCUUCUCGAGACUCUACACCUUCUAACUCCACCACCCCAGCCAAUCAGAGAGGAAGAUUGUCUCAGCUGCCACGUACAGCAUCUCCAGGAAGUGCAACUUCGUCAACUUCCUCCAGAAUCACCGUACACAGUGGAACUUCAAAAAGUGCUAGCAGCAUUCCAAGGAGUGAGUCAGCAUCAAGGCUCAGCAGCACCACUACAUCUAAGAAGCAGAAGGUGGAGUCUGAGAAGCCGGUGCUCGUCCGCCAGUCAACUUUCAUCAAAGACGCUCCAAGUCCAACAUUGAAACGGAAAAUGGAGGAGUCUUCAUCAACAGCAGCUCCAGAGUCACCAUCCAGCCCUGAAACCUUGCUGCCUACCACAAGCAGGAGACAGGAUGUCAACCGUUCCCAUUCUGAAAGCCCAUCUCGCUCACAGGAAGUCACCUCAUCUCGCCUGAGCCGCACCGGUACUUGGAAACGAGAGAAUGGCAGUGGUGCUGUGGGGGGGACUGGUGGGAAACACUCAACAUCUUUGCCUCGUGUUGGCACAUGGAAGAGAACAGGAAGCUCAUCAUCAGUGCUGUCGGCGUCAUCCGAGUCCAGCGAGAAAGGGCGGAGCGAGGAGGACAGCACUGCCAGGUCCAAGGGAACAUGGCGGAAAGCAAAGAGCAGUGCAGACUCUACAACCAUCAAAUCAGAAGAUGUGUGGGUUCGUCUGGAAGACUGUCCUGUCAACAACCCUCGUUCACCAUCAUCCUGCUCAUCUCGAUCGCCUACCACGUCCAAUGCCCCACCCAUCAUUGACAGCCCUAUCCCCUCCAAGAUUCCCUCCUCCUCCUCUUCUUCAUCCUCUAAUCUCAAUCUGCGACGGAGCUGUGAGAGCCUAGAUGAUAAGCCACCUCCACCGCCGCCUGAUCGCCAGCAGCAGCGGGCUCAGCAGCGCAGUGGCGCCGUGGCAGCUCGCGUCAGCCCCUUUAACUACACGCCAAGCCCAAGAAAGAGUAAUGCUGACGUCAUCUCCACCCCUACGCCACCUAUCAGCAGCACCUCCAUCACUCCCACACGACCUUCGCUCAUCCCUACCCCCGUCACCAAGAAGCGAGAGUCGAAGGGCGGGGACGACAGUGGUGGCAGCGAUGAGCGUGGCUCCUACAUUGUCACAUCUGUGUAAAACUGACACAAGUUAAAUGACAACAGGAAGUGAACAGAACUAGACAGGAAGUAGAGUUUUGUUUACUUUCCUGCGCUGCUGCCUGAUGAUUUUAUACCACUAAACCGUCUGUAAAACUUAGCUCCACCCCUUGCAUGGCCCCACCCCCUUCAUGAUAAUGAUGAUGAUAGCUGUAGCUUAUGGAUAAAGUUUCAUUUUUAUUAAUAAAGUUUGGCCUUGAACAAAACUAGAUCCUGACCCCUUUGAAAGACCUCAGAUCUCAUCCUGAGGACCCCCCAACACACACACACACACACACUUCAGAUUCUGAGAUCACUCAAAUAGACCUCAGAUAAAAAUCCCCCCC